GACGACGUAUAUUAUUGAGUUGGUCCGGAGUAGAAUGACAAAGGAGCAAAGCUGUCAUAUCUUGGCGACAAUAUUCCAUCUCCUGGCACAUCCCAUGCCGGCAUGUUACGUUUCCCAAUCGUGGUCCGAGAGGAACCAAUUCACCGUACGAUCGGCUCUCCACCGCUCAACGCAUGACAAUGGUUCCGUUUCUAUCGCAUUUGCACGAUGUGCCCGCUUGUCUAGGUUUCCACGUACUGGCCUGGCCUAUCAUUCUAUUCUGUGUGCGCUUCGACAAUGUAUCCAUAUACUUCCAAAACCGCUCUUGGGUCACUGUAUAAAUCAAGACCUGGAGCCUGUCCAGCCAACACACUGUGCAUGGCUGCGUCCCGAGCGAUGCUGUCGACGCCACUGAGCAUCAGAUUCCGCCCUUCAGAAAGCUGACUUGCUCUCUCAUACGUGUCUCUGGCAUCAUACCCGCCUCGUACAGAUCGAGCGCGGUGUUGAUCAUUGGCUUGCCUUCACGACUUCUGCAAUUACAGCGCCAAGGAAUGCGCCGUCUUCCAUGGUCGUUGCUGCGCCUUAAGCCAUGCGGUUGACCAAACCGUGCGCUGCAUCUCCAUGAGAACUACGUUCUUGUUGACGCUG